UUUGUUUUCUUGAUAUACUGAAUCCAGCUGGAAUACGGUGAUAACACCUUUGUUGCUGUUUGUACUUUCUAGGAAGCAAAGUUUGUGAAAAAGAUCUUAUUUUUAUGCUAAGAUGGUAUUCUGAUCACUUUACCCAUGUCCCUGUUUCAUUUCUUUUAUUUAAAAAUUGAAACAAUAAAGCGUCUGUCUCUGGAUUCUGUUUUUAAGCUCUAAAUCACGAGCUGUGUUUCAUUUCAAGAUUGAAUUUUUUAGUAACUGUAAUUAACGAGUAUCUUAGAGUUUUCAUUUCAUUUUCCUAAUGAAACUAAUGGUUUUUAAGAACUUCAAUCAAGUAAAGGAAUUGUUUGCUUUUAGUGAAAAUAUGAUACCGUAUCUAUUGUGAAUGUACCCGAGGGAGUUGUAUUUUAUCAUUUUUAGGUUUUAUUGAGGCUGCAAUCUUUGGGUAGUACUUUGAAAAAUCAUAAGUUGAAGAUGAACACUCUUGAAGUGAGGGGGCCUUCUCUUAGAGGGUAUCGACGGAGAAAGGCAAUGCUCGAUCUGAAUGUUCCACCCAGUGAAAUCCGAGAACUGGAGGGUACUUCCCAACAGGCUGGGUAUGGGGAACAAACUAGCCAAUCCGUACAGCUUGGACCACCUGCAACUAUUGAUGUUGAGGCUAUUGAUGAUGAUGUAAUUGAAUCUUCUGCUAGAGCUUUUGCAGAGGCUCAGAACAAUUCAAGGAGGAACCGUGGAAGGACUGUUGUUGAUGUAGAUUCAGCUCACAUCCCUCCCCUUCUAGGCUGGAGGUCAACUGAUAAUAAUCAGAAUAGGGCCCGAAGACUUUCUCCGAGCCCAAGCGUUAUGAACUUGGAAUGUUCAACACAGUCGGUGGUUGAGGAAAUCAUAACACCACAGUCGCCUCGAAAGGAACCAACCUUCAAUUGUCCAAUUUGUAUGGGGCCGUUAACAGAGGAGAUGUCGACGAGAUGUGGGCAUAUAUUCUGCAAGAGAUGCAUUAAAGCUGCAAUAGCUUUUCAGCCAAGAUGCCCAACUUGCAGGAAAAAAGUCGCUGUGAGAGAACUAAUUAGGGUCUUCCUUCCAUCGGCCUCUUGAAUAAUGAAGUUCAAGCCUAACUAGUAACGGACAAUAGAAACUGUCCUAGGGAGUGCAUUCAGGUGGUUGUGCUAAUUUUGGAAUAUAUGACGUGUGCUGUUUUAAGACUAUGCUUUAGUGGACAAUGCUUUUCAUUCAAUUCAUCAGCAGCUCAGCUUCAUUGUCAUCAAGACUUGUUAUUACAAUUUUAUAUACAAUUGGGUAGUUUUCGGGGGGCAAA